CCAUAUCUUGAUAAACUUUCGCGUCGUUCCUCCUGUAAUUCGCGGAAAUCAAAGAGUUUAUGGCUCAUGGCCAUUGCCAAAAUGUAGGAAAUUCGAUAAACUACUCUCAUUUCAACUCUGUAAAAUGGAUUCUGGAGAGCAUGUGCGAUUUUAAUCAUGGCAGUGAAAUGGCAAACGACUUUGUGGUUUUACCUAGAGAUGCUGAAGAAUAAAUGUGAACUACGGCAAAUUGUCUCUGAAACGUGUCCAGUUCACAGCAAAAAGUGUUCAUUAAGCUACUAGGAUGUCAACAGAUUCAUCUAGUGACAAUAUCGACGCACUUACAGAAAAGAACUUGGAAUCCUUGUUACAGGAAGAUGAAGGAUUUGUAGAUUUCUUUAACAAUUUUCUUGCAUUACCAUGCUUUGCAGAGCGUCUUCACUACAACACAGAACUUGGAGUUUUUGAGGAAUUUAUUGAAAAGUUAGCUGAUGAUGUGGGUAAAGGAGAUGCCAAGGCUGCAUCACAGCUGCGUCAAUUCACACAUUUUAAAGGAACCAUCUACAAUGUGGCUGCCAAUCAAUCACGCAUAGGUUAUUAUGUGACUGUACUUGACAAGGUACAAGGCCUGGAAUUUGUAAAGAAGUACAGACUGCAUCUCUUCCUUAGAAGUGAGCUUUAUGCUGAAUACAAACUGACUAAACACCUUUCAACUGUCCAGGAGUCCUUCUUCCGCGACUUGCACCCAGAAAGCUCAGAGGAUGAUGACAGCGGAGUCGAAGAAGCCGCCGUUUUCCACCCUGCAGGUCGAAGACGGAGUGUUGUUAGUUUCAAUUUAACUCCUUCCUUGGGCGAAGCGCCAUCCCCCGAUACGGAUAGGGACGCUGAGAAUGAAGGAAUUAUGUACCUUCCAACCAAUGUGCGAUCCAUUGAAGAAACCUUCGAUGCCUGGCAUGAGUCAUUUAAACGUACAGAGAGCCGUGCUAGUAUGUUUAGCUGUGGGGAUGGGAGCUAUCGUAAGCUGAACACUCCACAGAUUAUGGAAGAAGACGAAGCUUCAGCGACACGAUCAACGUCGAGCUGCUUCAGUACUAAGGAGAGUGAAUCCUCUGCUUCAAACAACGCGAGGCCCGUCUCAGGAUUGAGCAUUGCUAGUGACAAUACUGAAAAGGGGCUGAGUCCUGCGGAGCCCAGUUCUAGGAUCAGUUCGGCGAGUACUGUAUCUUUUUUCUUAGAAAAUCAAAGUUCGUUUGUUUUAAACCAAGAAGAAUCAAAUGCUUGUGAUCUGGAUUCGGAGAGUAGGGGGGAUCGUCUUGGCGCGGAUGAAAUGACGCGCAGUUUGUCUUCAGCGCUAAGUUUUAUAACCGAGCAUGGGAAAGUGAUAGGGAACUCUUCUGCCCCAGGAAGUAUCAUUGGUGAAACAGAUUUAGGGGAACAAGAAGACGCAACAAGGAAAGAAGAUAACACAAGCGAAAAAGACUUUGUUGUCGAAGAAGCGGGUAUUGCAGGUCGAGAGGGCAUUUCUUCUAGAGAAGAGGCAGAAAGAGAAAGUGUACCACCCGGGGAGAAAGAUUCUGUUGUAGAGUUCGAGCAAUUUGCGGAGCACAAGAACUCAUGUUUUAAGGAAGGUAUAGAGGAGAAUCUCGCUAAGACUGAGAGGGACGGGUAUCCCUUAGAAUGUGAGUCUCUAACUGGUAGCAGCACGGUUGAAAAUACUACACCUGACGGUACUCGGUCUGAAAUGGGUAUGGGAAACUCUGAGAGUGAUGUUAUUAAGGAGCCUCUGACACCAGAUCUCGGGGCACAAAGAAAAAGUGGUAAUGAGGACGCGAGGGAAAGUCUAGAUGAAGAACAAGUGCCAAGUAUUGAUAUAGAAGUUACGUGCAGUGAUGAAGAGGAAACUUUGGAUAAGGAAACUGCUUUGAAUGACGACGCGGUUGAUUUAAAUUCUGUUGCUGACUCUAACAGUGGAGAGAACUGUGGAUCGGUCGCAGCACGCGUGGAAUUAUCUCUCAACACUGAAGAUAUUUUUAUCAUAAAAGAAAAGGCGUCUGUUUCGAAUGCACCUGACUAUACUGGGCAAGUAGACGACAAUUUAGGUGGAAAUGACGAAAAGCGAAAUAGUUCAAGAACACAGAGGGACGAGGGAAAACCAACUGUUUCAGACGAGGAUUGUCUUCAUUGUAAAAAUGCAAAACGUAAGAAUGUGUCCCCAACUCUAGAUUUGGAUACUUCACUUGGAGAACGCAGCACUUCAAGUAAAGAGGAAUUAAAGAAAGUGAACUUAUCGAAUGUUGGUUCUGAUCCUGGAGAGAUAGGGUCUGUUGACGAGUAUAGUGGACAUAGAAGCGCUCAGAGUGGAAGCAUAGCUGAAGAAAUAUCGAACACAGGAAUAUCGGCGUUAUCAGAAGUGGAUGCGGACUCGGAGAAUAACAAUAAAGAAACUUCGUUUCAGGGUCGUGAGAAUGAUGAUACAGAAAUGGCGACUGGUGAAAUCGAAUCUAAGAAACAAGAUCUCCAAGGAGAAGAACCCUCCCCGGGAAAAGAUUCCGAUGACGAUGACGAUGACGAUGACCGCGAAGAUGACGAUGAAGCAGGUUACACAACCGAGGCCAGUGCGACAACUCUUCAAGGAAUUCGAGGCAUCUUCGGCUCCAGACGACGUAGCAGUUUGGCGGCUACUUCGGUUGGUUUUGACGCGGGAGAUGAUUCAAUGUUCAGUGACGAUGGUUCUGAACUGGACGACAAACCGUAUGAUUUAGCUACCAAAGAAGGUUUCGACAUGUUCAGAGAGUUCCUUUUGGAGACAAGUGGGGAGAAAUUAUUACAGUUUUGGUUGGAAGUUGAGUGUGGAAAGUACUUGGAAAAUGAGGACGAAAGAAACAGAUUGGUGCAGUCUCUUCGUGAUAGAUUUUGGAGAAGCGGAGGAAUUUACGAGUUCUCUGCAGUUACAAAAUCAAGAUUAAAUUUGGUGGAUGCAUCGACAUUGACUUUCGAGAGGUUGUUCUCCAUUCAGCCUGACGUACUCAGACCUCUGUUAAGUUACUGGUGUAUACGUUUUACGAUGCAUCAGCAACGUGUUUCUCACUCUCAUGACCACGAUUACAACACAAUGUCACAAGACAGGCUGAAAUCAUGUUUUAGACGUGAGAUCGCAUCAUCAAACCUUCCACAAGUCCCUGCGCACGUGGGUCUGUCCCAAGUUCUAGCGAACAACACCUUGGCCAGGCCCCAAAGUAGCUUUGUCAAGAACCGGCCGGUAACGCAACACCAGACAUCCAGACCUCAAGUACGAGCCAAAUCUGCUCAUCCACGGCUUUUGCAAGCGAAUAAGUAUAUGCAUACUAAUGCAAGUACGACGCAAUUACAGAACAUUAUUGCUCCUGUGAGGACGGGAUACGGUUUUGAGCAGCCCCCGGGACCGUCCUUUCCUGUUGAACCUGAACCAGACUAUGCACCCUCCGUUAGGCUGUUUAUCAACCCCGUGCCCUCCCCUGAUAGUAAAAUUCAGAGAAUGAUGAGGACGCUCCACCGAACUUCUAUUUAUGUCGAGGGUUCUAAGCCGGCUCUUGCCAGAGAAACUGGAUCCAAGACCGCCGCUAUGAUGGAUUCGUUGAUACAGGGACUGAUUUACGAGCGGCAGACUGGGGACUACUUUAAAUUGUUUUUGCAGAAGUCAGGAAACGAGACCUGGAUGAACUGCUUGGCUUUUUGGAAAUCUCUUCAAGAGUACAACGCGUACUUUUUUGCCGAUUCUCUCAAUCCGUCCCUAUUGUCAAGGAAGGCACGGACAAUGUACGCCAAUUUCGUCGUAUCAGGCAGCGCUCAGGAUGUUCAUGUGCACAGGGACAUUCAGGUGCAGGUACAUAAAGAACUGGAACCACCGUAUGAGGAGCUAUUUGACGCAGUCGAGGAGCAUGUUCUUCAUUCACUUCUGGAACCCUGGCAACUUCAUUUAGAGCAAGAAAAAAGCGUGUUCAAUGCUGAGGUACCUAAACAACAGACCUUGAGGCAUAUUGAAAUUCAAGUGGUGGCGAAACGAAGGCAGAGCAUUAUUUCAACUCGUAGAGGGCUUGACCCAGCCGAAGACGAUCAUGAAAAAGAGCGAAUUUCUGUAGAAGAAGCCAACAGACCUUUCCCUGUUCCAAAAGAUGGAAUCACGUUUGAAUCACUCAUAAGAAACCGAGACGAAGUGGAAUACUUCAAAGAAUUCCUCAACAAGAAACAUAACAGAGGUAUCAAAGAUCUCAUGGCUUGGACAGACAUGGAGACUUUUCGUCGCGUUCCCCGAUUCAUGGAAGAGAAACGUGACAAGAAAGCCAAAGAAAUUCGCGAGAACUGGCUCGGUAAGAAAUAUUUCUUUGGAGCUGACAGCCCAGCAACAAGGGAUGGCCAAAACUUGAUAAUGAACAUAAACGGGGGACGCCCGAUAAAGGAACGACCCCAGUCGCCAGUUAUACUCGAAAGCCAGAAGUUUGUUCGCGCGCGAAUUGAGCGCCGAUGGUUGAUGUUAUUUAAACAAACGGCAGAAUUUCUAGAAAGGCAAAAACCUCGCGCAGUUAGCGUGCCAGAGAUGGUAGAGGACAUCAUGUUGAAGAGGCGGCUGCAGAGGAGUGAAGCCGCUUGGAAGAUUUUAAACAGCAGGUGGGUGUCUUCGUCGCGUGACGUUUAUUUAGUAUGGACACAGGCUCCUAUUUUUACUCGGAAGAGGAUGAUCUACGCUCUUGGUCGUACUCCAAGCACUUAGUGGAGCAGGAGAGACAGGAACACAUCAAACGGCUUAGGGAACAAGGAAUUAUUGUCCCGGAGGAAGAACUCGUGGAAGAAAAGGAGGAGACGAAAAGUCGUCGCUCUCGCGUCUCCAUGACAAAGUCCUCCACUUUUGGCAAGAAAGUUCAUGACACAGCCAGUGACAAGAAAAGCAGUGAAGGAUCUUCGAGGAGACUUCAAGCAAAGCUCGGAAACCGUAAAAAGCACACACAUGGUCAGAUGUCUCCGUCAUUAGCUAGGCGUGGCUCUGCCGUGUCUACAGUUGUGUCAAUAACGCGCCGUAAUUCUGGCGUGUCGCUUGCACUGUCACGCAAGGAUGAAAAAAUGAGUGUGGCAACAGUAAGUAAAGAUGACAAAGGUGUCGAAAAAGGAGAAGAAAAAGUCACUGUCCUAAAGGAUACGCAAGAGGAAAAGAUAAAUCAAGGAAAAAGCUCUGAGAUUCAAGUGAUCCAUAUCGCCUCUCCAGAAACACCACAACCUCAUAACGAAGGUAAAUUGUUACCGCAGCGAUCACGCAGUUCUAGGCGACUUCUACCAGGAAAACAGCCACCGAAAUCCGCUGGAAAGAAACGCGUUCCCUUAGAUGCUAUUUCGUGUAUUAGUGACUACAGUGUUUUAAGUAAUAUUGAGUUUCAGCCUCGUGUGACGCCGUUAGGGAAAGAUGGUCAACAGGGAGGAACCUCUCUACUUACGUCCAAAUCUCUCAAGGACUUCACAAACUCGCCUGAAGGAGCUCAACUCUCGAUGCCUUUACCGCUGGUCAGAAUCACGUCAGCAUCUCAUCUUGAAAAGUCGGACACCGACGGCUCAAUCGGAGAUUCAUCGCCAUUGUACUACAAACCACGUCCGAUGACCCAGAGCCUCAAGAAAUCGUCCACCAGGCCGGGAAGGAGAAAGGGCCUGGGACUCACUAAAGAAGAAAUGCAGAUCAAACCGGAUGUAAUUGUGAACUAACUGAAGAACGUUCUCUCCAUUAUAUUUUUUCUUUUCCCUUUGAAGCUAGUGUGAAAUGGAUUUUUUCAAACUGAGGUUCAUAAGAAUCUCAUCUUAACUGUGCUAAAUUUACGGUACAUUCUCGGAAAUCGGUCAAAAUUAUUCGCAGAAUGGUCACACAAUCGCGUGCGCAACUUGCGUCACGUCGUUUGAAUUUCUAGUAAAAAAUCGUUAUGUAUAGAAAAGUUGCUAGAUAUCUAAUGUACAUUGAAUGUAAAAGUUAUUGUAUGACAUAAAAUGUCUCUAUUGCGCAUGCGACCAGGACCGACGUGUGCGUCAGCACAGGAAAAUGUGUCUGAUUAUUCAAUUGCGACCAAUCAGAUUGGAACACGUUCAGUUGUUAAAAAGAAUAGUAAUGUUCGUGUUCAGAUUCCUCUGUGGCAUAGUCAUUAAUGCAACGAAAUAAACCCUAUUUAACAAUUCCAA